UUUUCGGCUUCUAAACAAGGGAGGAUAUUAGUAUGGAUGCAAGCAUAGGGAAUACGGUGCAGCACCUUCUUGUCUAGGCCGUGUUCAAUUUUGCACUUAGUAAUGGUUGUUUAAUCACCUUAUCAUCAUAUACGUACACACACAAACCUCUUACUCUGUAUGCUUUGAUCACCUCGAUACAAAAAACAACACCAUUGAGACACCUAUCCUUUCAACCGUGCCAAGUGGAUGGUCUCGAGCAUAGGUAAAGAGUAAAGUCAAAAUGUCUCCUUCCCCAUUCACCCCAGAGAAGGAUACACGCCGUCAAGCAGUUCACCUUGACACACAUCUUUCGCCGUACAGUUCCAAUGAACUCGACUCUCAUUCAAUCGCCAUUGGAUCUCCAACAGAGAUGACUGAAGCCAGUCAUGCGGAUGCUGCAUCGAAUGUAGGCAGUAUCCCUCGCAGUUCACGUAGGCGACCUCCAGCCACAGCCAUAAUGAUGGAUCAUCCAGCCGGCAGUGACAGUACAAAACCGGAUUCUGAUGAUCAUUUGAGUCUUGCAUCAGAAACAAAUAAAGACGCCCAUUCAGAUCAAACAAGGGUUCAACACGAUGAUCUAGGUACUCUAAUACCCCUUUACAAGAAAGCUUCUUUUGGUGCAGACAGCACAAACCGUAAGCCAUGGUCAAGACCAAUCUCUUCACCUUAUGGCGCGGCAAAUAAGAUGAUGUGGAACUCGUACUCCAGCAGCACAAGUUCACCCGCAGCAUCAAUCACACCUAUGAUGGGAGCAGCAGGUGCAGCAUUCGUUGACGACCAUGAUCCGGGAAGAUGGCACACAGACGCCAAAGAAUCCGACGAUUAUCUACACGAUCCCGAAAAACCCGUUCCUAAAUCACCGAUAGGCGCGCGUGGUAUUUUGAACGUUGGUACCCUGGGUAUCUUGGCUUGUUCAAUCUUAAUGUUGUUCAUGGGCUACCCCUUCUUAACAGCAUUCUUCUUCGAUCGUGAAGGUAAGAAGGGUGGAUUUGGUUUGGGAGGAACAAAUAUGACGGGACAGGUACCAGAUCUUGCUGCGUUGAAUAUGCGACAAAGUUUAGUCGAUUCUGAUACCCCCAACGCAGCAUUGACAAAACCAAAUCUUGGACCGACUGGAACAGAAACAUGGGAUUUAGUGUUCAGUGAUGAGUUCAACGUCGAUGGAAGAUCAUUCUACCCUGGUGACGAUCCGAUCUGGGAAGCAGUCAACCUUUACGCUGGCGGCACAGGCGAUUAUGAAUGGUAUGACCCUGCCGCCAUCACGACAAAAGGAGGUGCUCUACAAAUCAGCGUCAUUCAAGAUCCAAUUCACAACCUCAACUUCCGCUCCGGCCAAUUGACUUCAUGGAAUAAAUUUUGCUUCACUGGUGGUUAUUUGGAAGCUUCUGUCAUCUUGCCUGGUGAUCCAGACAUUUCAGGUUGGUGGCCGGCUAUUUGGACGAUGGGUAACCUUGGUCGUGCAAAUUAUGGUGCCACUACGGAUGGUACAUGGCCAUAUUCUUACAACAGUUGCGAUAUAGGAACACUGAUCAACCAAACAGAUGCUGAUGGAUUAGGACCACCAGCUGCAAUCACUUCUGGUGGACAAACGACAUUCAACAACAAAUAUCACACAACAGAUCUUUCAUGGCAACCGGGUCAAAGAUUGUCUGCUUGCACAUGCCCUGGAGAAGAUCAUCCAGGACCUCAAAACUCCGACGGCUCAUUCGUCGGAAGAAGCGCACCGGAAAUUGACAUGUUCGAAGCACAAGUAGAUACAAAUACAGGAGGAACAUUAUCUCUAUCUUGUCAAUUCAUGCCAGCAAGUACAGGAUACUAUCUAGCCAACGCUACCGGAAAUGAGUAUACUACAAACAUUGUUCAUGGUGAAAAGGUUAAAUUGAACACGUACCGUGGUAGUAUUUUGCAAAUGGCAGCUUCAGGUGUAGCACGUACAAAUCAACAGUCAUACCAAAAUACAGGACAGGUUUUCAGCGUUUGGGGUUUCGAAUAUGAACCUGGAAAUGACGGUUACAUUACCUGGUGGAUAGACGGAGUUAAAGCAUGGACGUUGACUGCUGCUGCCGUUGGAGCUGAUACGUUGGCCGGUAUUGCUCAACGACCAAUUCCUGAAGAACCAAUGUACAUCAUCAUGAACGUUGCCAUCUCAUCUGGAUUCGGGACGAUCGAGUGGGAUCAAUUGCAAUUCCCUGCAACGAUGCAAGUGGAUUAUGUUCGAUUGUAUCAAUCCAAAGAUAGUCAAAAUGUCGGCUGUGAUCCAGAGGGUUACCCAACGGCAGAUUAUAUCAAUAGACAUCUUGAUGCUUAUACGAAUCCCAAUUUCACGAUUUGGGGUGGAGAACAAGCAACGGGAGGAUAUGGUCAAAAUUGGCCAAGAAAUAAACUGUACAACGCUGGAAAUGGAUGUGCAGAAGCACCAAGGAACUAUCCUGGAAGAUUGAGACCGAAUGGAAUCAGUCAAUCGCCCGGCUCUACCGUUCCAGCACGUUAUUCCGGAAAUACUGCUAAUCAAGAUGAUAGCGGUAGUAUUGCGAUGGGAACAAUCGUAAACGGAGCAGUGGGUGGGAGUGUAAAUGGUACAGGUAGCAUACCACCAGUACAAUCGGUUCAGCAGCAAAAGAUUACUGUGCCUCCUUGGGCAUCGUUAGCAUCUGGAGCAGCGUCUGGAUUAGCAUCAUGUUUGUUAUUACAACCGAUGGACCUGCUCAAAACUCGAAUGCAACAGGAACAACAAGAGGAACGGAAUCAAAUCAAGGCGAAUGAGGCAAAGACUGGUUCUAUACCGCGUAAUCGUGGUGGACCACGCAGAAGGACACAGAGGUUGAUCAGGCUUACGAAACAGGUCGUUAGGGAUGAUGGCUGGCUUGGUUUGUGGAGAGGGACUGUUCCAACAGUAGCAAGGAAUGUACCGGGUGUGGCAAUGUACUUUUAUUCGGUCAGCGAAGUGAGAGCGCUAUUCUCUAGAGCAGAGGUGCCUUACCUCUCCUUUUCAUCUUCGCCCGGUAGUGGUCAAGACAACAACAGCAAAAGUGGAACUCUCGCCAGGCUGACAGUGACUGGCAAUCUAGUAGCAGGAGCAUUGGCAAGAGUAGCAGUAGGGUUUGUUCUAUCACCAGUGACGAUUGUGAAAGCGAGAUUUGAAUCAUCUCAUUUUUCAAAAGAUGCUUAUCCAAGUUUAAGCAAAGCACUCAUUCAAGUUUAUCAAAGUGGUGGUGUUCGAGGUUUAUUCAGAGGUUUUAGUGCAACUGCCUUGCGUGAUGCACCUUAUGCUGGAUUGUAUCUUGCCAUUUAUGAAAAGUCAAAAGAUGCUCUUUCAAAUGUUGCAGCAGCAGAAGGAAGGGAUAGAGGAGGAUCAGCUGUCGUCAGUGCAAGUGGACUCAUUGCUGGUACACUGGCAACUCUCGUUACACAUCCAUUUGAUAUCAUCAAGACUAGAAUGCAAACGCUACCACAAGAUGCAAUUAGCAUACCACAGAGCGGCUUAGCAGCAACGUCUACUGGAAAUGCAUCACAAUCAGCUGUAAGGACAGCUCCGCCUUCAUUGAUCGCGAUGAUGCGAUAUAUUGCACAAACAGAUGGAAUGGGUGCAUAUCUGGAUGGAUUAGGACUACGAUGUGCACGUAAAGCAGCUAGUAGUGCGAUCGGUUGGACGAUAUUUGAAGGAGGUCGUGGAAUUUGGGUAAAGAAGCAACAAGAAGCAAUUCAACAACAACAACAACAACAAAGCAGCAACACAACUGAAACACAUCAUGUAGUCUAAAUCACAUUCAUACGUCACACCACUCUGGGUUUUGAUAAUAUUGUACUUUUAUAUUUUUUGGAAUUGCAUGAGCACGUAUUCCAUAAGCCAUCUAUUAUUCUCGAG